AUGCUUGGGUACAGUUUGUUUAUGGACGGUGAAUUAAAUGUAACAUUUAUAACUUUUGAUGGAUAUGUUGAAUUGCAGAAAUACAGAUAUUUUUAUUUUGUGAUCAUGUUUACAAUAUUUCUGCUUAUAAUCUGCUCUAACUCCACCAUUGUGUGUCUUAUUGUGAUUCACAAAAACCUCCAUGAGCCUAUGUACAUUUUCAUUGCAGCUUUGUUAAUCAACUCUUUACUUUACAGCAUUACAAUCUACCCGAAGCUUUUGAUUGACUUUUUAUCUGAAACACAGAUCACAACUUUUCCAAAAUGUCUCUUUCAAGGUUCUAUGUAUUACGUUCUGUCCACUUCAGAGUUUUUGUUGUUGUCAGCCAUGGCCUAUGACAGACAUGUGUCUAUAUGUAAACCUCUGCAAUAUCCAACUAUCAUGAGAGGGGAAACUGUAAAAGUCUUUUUGGUUUCAGCUUGGCUUAUACCUGCUUGUGAGCUUGCAGUGUCAGUUGUAUUGUAUGCGAAUAUUAAAGUAUGUCACUUUAGUAUCAAAGGACUCUUCUGUAACACUUCACUUUACACACUUCUGUGUGUGCGCACAGUGGCACUUUCCAUGUAUGGCGUGUUCUUGUUGCUGAAUAUUGUACUUAUCCCUGUGCUCUUCAUUAUUUUGACUUACACAAGGAUAUUCAUAAUAUCCUUCAGAAGUGGUAAAAGAGUCAGGACAAAAGCUGCGCAGACCUGUUUACCUCACCUGCUGGUUUUAAUCAACCUUUCCUGUUUUAUUUCUUAUGACGUCAUUGUAGUUCGACUGGGAUCAGAUUUACCAAAACUUGCCCGUUUCAUAAUGACGUUACAAAUAAUUGUGUAUCAUCCUCUCCUUAACCCCUUUAUUUAUGGACUGAAAAUGAAAGAAAUCUCCAAACACCUCAAGCGUUUGUUGUUUCAGGUCAAAUCACACUAA